GGCGACGACGGCGACGACAACGUCAACGUCGUCGCGCGGCGAUACAUGGAAGAUGGUGGAUUGCGUCCGGUUUCGCGCCGCCAGCCUCCGACGACGACGUCGGCGUUCGCGACAGUCGCGCGAGACGGCGGGCGAGGGCAGGAUCAUGGGUUAUCCGUCCGAGUGCAGCGCGCUGUCGUAUGUGCUCGCGCGACAGAUUGACGACAAGGUGAACUACUGCAGGAGCCUGGUCGACGCCAGAUUCGAGAACUCCGAGAACCUCUACAGGAAGGACCUGCUGUCCCACUACGGAUGCGUCAACGCGAUCGAGUUCUCGAACCAGGGUGAUCUGCUGGUGUCCGGGGGCGACGACAGAAGAGUUCUGCUGUGGAGAGUGGAGCAAGCGAUACAGGGUAUGGGCAAGCCCACCGUGAUGAAAGCCCAACAUGUUAGCAAUAUAUUCUGCCUCGGUUACGACAGCAGCAAGACCAAGAUAUUCUCCGCGGGAAACGACGACCAAGUCAUCGUCCAUGACUUGCGAACAAGCGACGUUCUCAACUACUUCCUACACGAGAAGCCUGUCUACGGGCUGUCCAUUCAUCCGCACAAUGACGAUGUCUUUGCCAGCGCCUGCGACGACGGUAGAGUCCUGAUUUACGAUAUACGCAGCACCAGCACCACGGAGACUUUCUGCCUGGCACAAUACAAAAGCGCCUUCCAUUCCGUCAUGUUUAAUCCCGCGGAUCCCAGAAUGCUCGCUACUGCCAAUGCGAAGGAAGGCGUCAGUAUGUGGGACGUGCGAAAACCUUUGGAGCCUGUAUUGUGUUACGGAAGCCCGCAACAGAGUUGCAUGAAUGUCAGGUUUAAUUCAGCGGGCAACCGACUGCUGGCCUUACGAAGAAGACUACCGCCGGUUCUUUACGCGAUCGACUCUCCUGCGUACCUCUGCGAGUUCGAUCAUCCGGGAUAUUACAACAGUUGCACCAUGAAGUCUUGCUGUUUCGCCGGCGAGAAUGACGAAUACGUUCUCUCUGGUUCGGAUGAUUUCAAUCUGUACAUGUGGAAGAUUCCGUCGAUGGAUAGCAAACCAUGGCCAGUCAUGGUGGAUUCCGCUCACAUGGUGCUGCGCGGUCACAGAUCGAUCGUCAAUCAGGUGCGAUACAACCAAGCGAGCUGCAUCUUCGCGUCGUCCGGCGUCGAAAAGAUCAUAAAGAUCUGGAGUCCGUUUCCGCUCGGAGAGGGAUCUCUGGGAGGAUUGAAGAGGGAUGCCGGCAAGCGGGAGAGACAGCGCCGAGUGUUCACGCACGACGAGUACAUAGGGCUGGUGCUGCGUAGCGGGCAGUUCAUGACGCACGAUUACAGCCACCAGUCGACCAAAGAAGACCCGCGUAUGAUGGCCUUCUUCGAUUCUCUCGUGCAGCGUGAAAUCGAAGGCUGGAGCUCCGAGGACGUGCCAACGGCGCCGCACACUCCCAGCGAUUCCGAGAUCAAUCCGAAUGAACCGUACAACGCGACGGAUAACGACGACACUACGGCAUCAGAAGGCGGCGUGGCGCCGGAACGAUCGUUAGAGUCGCCAAAUCGUAUAACUCGGCUCAUCGCAAAUCGUAGAGAGAAGCUCAUGCGGAUGGCCGCCGCGGUAGGACGGUCCGCCUCGGAUUCCGGCAGCGAGGCGGACAAUGCGCACGCGAGACGUAGAUCGAAAUCGAAAACGAAAUCGAAGGGCGUGAAGAGGAAACACACGAAACUGUCCGGCAGAAGAAGACCGUUCGUCAGAAGAAAAUGUACUGUGUUAAAAGUCAAUAGUGAUUCCGACAGUGAGUACGAGAUACCGCCGGUCGACGCGGCUCAGCCCAGCACCAGUUCCGGGGUGAUCUCCCGGCGAUCGCGUUACGUCAGCAGUGCGAAGGACGGUAAGCGCUCGAGCUGCAGCACCAGCGAUCCUGAAAGCAGUUCUGAGGACUAUAACGCUCCCGGCAAGCGUAAUCAUUCUAAAACCGACUCGGACGCGUCAGCGAAGGCGCACAAGCAGAAACACCGCAAGUGCAAAAACAGUUCUCGACACCCGGAGGGCUCCGGCAAGAGCCAGAGUAAACGGCGGAAGGUCGACGAUUGCUCGGACGAGGAGAAGGCCGCCGACUCGAGGAACUGCGCGAACGGCAGCAGCACCAGCAAGGACCGGCGCGAGGACGGAACCUCGACGCCGAGCAACAAGUGGCUGCAAGUUCCUUGCACGCCCGACAGCGGCAUUAAAUCGGGCGUCUCCUCCACCGGCGGGAAGAACAGCGAGACGACGCGCAAGGAGCGGCGCGACGGCGGCGCGGGCGACAGUUCCGAUCACGAGCAGAAACUGAAAAAUUUAGAGUGUUUCCGGAAGAAAGUGGAGGAGCUGGCGAGACGGAGCUACCGAUCCGCGUUUAAGGUUCAAGCGCUUUCGACCACGAGCGAUUCUUCCGAUUAAGCGCUCCCAUUUCCUCGAAGAUCCGCCGCCCCCUCUCCCCCCCCACCC